CUGCCAUUGAUUCCUGCUGUUCCAUGAGUAACAUACCUACAUAAGAAGUAUGUUCUGACUAAUGUGACAAAAUAAGUGAGGCGGUUUGACGCUCUUGCCCUGUCUGGUUUCGAGUCAACUUCCGAUUAGAGUAGCUUUCUUUCUUAUCGCAUUUUCAGCCUUGCGGCGGGGCUCUGAUCUAGCUGCAAUAAAACAAGAAGACCAUCACCACGAGUAUCCUAGUAUCGAAAAUGAUUGCAAUCGGUCUUGAAGGUAGUGCCAAUAAAUUGGGUGUUGGUAUUAUAUCUCAUCCCGGUCCUGGCAAACCAGCGCAGGUACUCUCAAACAUCCGAGAUACUUUCAAUGCCCCUCCUGGGGAAGGCUUCCUGCCAAAGGACACAGCUAAACACCAUAGAUCAUGGUUUGUCCGACUCGUCAAGCAAGCCAUGAUCGAAGCAAAGGUCUCAACCCGCGAUAUCGACUGCAUCUGCUACACGAAAGGUCCAGGCAUGGGUGCCCCCUUACAAAGCGUUGCUGUUGGUGCAAGAAUGCUUUCACUACUAUGGGAGAAGGAGUUAGUUGGAGUUAACCACUGCGUUGGCCACAUCGAAAUGGGCCGCGAAAUCACUGGAGCCCAUAACCCAGUAGUUCUGUAUGUCAGCGGAGGCAAUACUCAGGUCAUUGCAUAUGCAGAGCAGAGAUAUCGCAUAUUUGGAGAAGCCCUUGACAUUGCUGUUGGAAAUUGCCUGGACCGGUUCGCACGAACAUUAGAAAUAAGCAAUGAUCCCGCACCUGGCUACAACAUCGAACAACUGGCAAAGAAGGGAAAAGUGUUACUGGACCUACCAUAUGCAGUUAAAGGAAUGGAUUGCUCUUUCUCUGGUAUACUGGCAUGCAUCGAUAUCUUGGCAGCAGAUCUCAAGGCGAACCCGAACUGGCGAGAUCCUAUCACGAACGAAGUCAUCACAACUGCUGAUCUAUGCUUCAGUCUACAGGAAACUGUGUACGCCAUGCUUGUUGAGAUUACAGAGAGAGCAAUGGCCCAUGUGGGAAGCAGUCAGGUUCUGAUUGUUGGAGGAGUGGGUUCCAACGAAAGACUCCAGCAAAUGAUGGGAUUAAUGGCUCGAGAUCGAGGUGGCAGUGUCUUUGCCACAGACGAACGUUUCUGUAUUGACAAUGGUAUUAUGAUUGCACAUGCAGGUUUAGUGGCGUAUAAGACCGGCUUCAGAACACCAUUGGAAGAAAGCACUUGCACGCAGAGGUUUAGAACUGACGAGGUCUUUGUCAACUGGAGGGAUUGAAGUGUCGAAGGUGCGGCAGAGGAGCAUUAGACAUUUCAGAGCUUUACUGCAACAACGAGAAAUGCCUCGAACCCAAUGUUUGGUACCGAGACUCUGUUGCAGUCAUCAGAUCAGAAGCCAUCUUCGGAAUCAUCGUCUUCUUCGAGAAUGGUCUGACUCAAAAGUCCAUGAUCGUCGCUUCUCUGGGUCGUGUUCCUCUCCACCCACUCGGCAUACUUUUCCAUCGAGAUGCCAUCCUCUUCCUUGAUUAUGGAGCUUUGCCAUACUUGCUCCAGCUUUUCUUUCUCCCGUGUAGCUCGAACGGAAGCAGCAGUGCGGCCAUUGUCAUCUGGACUAGGAGUUAAGUUGAAGAGCGACUCCAGCAUGCUAGAUGAUAGGUAGAGAACGGUGCCUGUAAAAAGACCAAUCACGGCUGCAACCCCAAGAUAG